ACCGCGAUAAAAACACACCCCCUCUCUCCAUCCUCUCCUCUUCUUCCUCCUCUCCCCGUAGCGGCUCCCCUCCCGAUUGGCAACCGGGCGGCCCCAUCCCGACCCAGCCGCCGCGCGCCGCCAUGGACGGCCUGCACGGUACGGACGCCUGCUUCUCCCCCGCGAGGGCCAUGUCGCCGCAGGUCAGGCCCCCCGGGCCGCCGGACGUGGGCAGUCAGUACCUGGCGGACUUGCUGCAGGAGCAUCAGAAGCUGGGGCCGUUCAUGCAGGUGCUCCCAAUCUGCAGCAGGCUGCUGAAUCAAGAAAUAGUGCGGGUGUCGAAUAUGCGACGCCAACAUGGUGCUGGGGACUUCGAGAGGUUCCCAAUCACAAGCCCGAACCAGAUGCAUCCAUCACCCCCCAUACAAAAUUUUUGCGGGAACGGUUUUAGUCCAUGGAAUGGGAUGCAUUCAGAGAGAGUAGGUGUUCCGCAAGGAGCUAUGGGUUGGCAAGGAACCCCACAAAGUCCCUCUUCUUACAUUGUCAAGAAGAUUUUGCGGUUGGAAGUGCCAACAGAUACAUACCCUAAUUUCAAUUUUAUUGGCCGUCUUCUUGGCCCAAGGGGAAACUCUUUGAAGAGGAUUGAAGCCUCUACAGGUUGUCGUGUUUUCAUCAGAGGGAAAGGCUCAAUCAAAGAUUCUGGCAAGGAGGAACAACUUAAGGGAAGACCUGGCUAUGAACACUUGAGUGAGCCCCUCCAUAUCUUGAUUGAAGCUGAGCUGCCUGCUAAUGUGAUUGAUUCUAGACUUGCAAAGGCACAAGAGAUCCUUGAAGAGUUAUUGAAGCCAGUGGACGAAUCACAAGAUUACUACAAGAGACAGCAACUCCGGGAACUUGCCAUGUUAAAUUCGCCCCUCCGAGAGGAGAGCCCACAUCCAGGUGGUGCUCCUCCUAGCCCCUUUAGUAACGGCGGCAUGAAACGAGUGAAACAAUGACCACAGCGGCUCACCCCUCCCUCUUGACUCUCCAGCAACUCCAACAGCCCAUGCCUUGACACCCUAAUUUUUCAUGAGCAAGCUUUAAUGACGGUGUUGGCAGCGCGCGACAUCCUUUACUGUACUAGCAGGUGAAUUUUGAUCUCCCAUCCCAUGUGACAUUAACCUUAUGAGUGACAGAUGACUAUGCGUAGUGUAUCCUCUGUGGCUGUAUAAUUAGAACAUUUGAUUUAUUUGUUACUGGUAAUGCUGAGAUAUAGUACCGUGCAAAAUUCUGAGUUACAGUGAGUCAGUGUGUCGGUAUUUACCUCAA